GCCGUUUGCGCAGACAGCGCCGUUUCCGCAGCGGAGGGGAGCGUUGGCUCCCCCCCCUCUCCGCCCCCCCCGCCACCCCCCCGCCCCGACCCGAUCCCCGUGAGCCCGAUGUGACCCGCCAGAGAAAAUGGCGGCGGCGGCGGGCAAUCGCGCCUCGCCGUCGGGACUGUCCGCCGAAGCGGCCGCCGCCGCCGCCGCCGCCUGCGGGAGCCCGAAGGGCGGCAGGGGAGCGGGGAGCGCGGCCGCCAGCAGCAGCAGCGGUAGCGGCGGCGGCGGGCCCCUGCGUGAGGCGGGCGGCGGCCGGGAGCAGCGCUCCGACUGGCGGCGGAAGCAGCUGCGCAAAGUGCGGAGUGUGGAGCUCGACCGGCUGCCCGAGGCGCCCCUCUUCCUCGCCGCCGCCCCGGCCGCCGCCUCCUCCUCCUCCUCGUCUUCCUCCUCCUCCUCCUCCUCCUCCUCCUCGCCGGAGCCCCCCGACGCGCUGCUGCUCCACUACCUGCCCGGGCCGCGCUCCGGCCCCGCCAGCCCGGCCGCCUCCCCCAGCCGCUGCGCCGAGCCGCCCGAGCCGCCGCCGGCCGCCGAGCCCGCCGCUGAGAGGAGGAGGAGGAGGGUGAUGAUGGAGCCUCCCCUCGCCGCGAGUCGUGACAUGGAGAAUAAAGAAACCUUGAGGGGGCUGCAGAAGAUGGAUGACCGCCCAGAAGAGCGCAUGAUCAGGGAGAAACUCAAGGCAACGUGUAUGCCAGCUUGGAAACAUGAAUGGCUGGAAAGAAGAAGCAGGAGAGGCCCUGUGGUGGUGAAACCUAUCCCUGUGAAGGGAGAUGGAUCUGAAAUGAACAAGCUAUCUCUAGAACCUCAAGCUGAAGGACAAAGCACUGCUUCUUCACCUACACAGAAAGGAAGGCGUAGUCCUUCUCCUAGUAGCUCUUCUUCAUCAUCUUCUAGGACUGUUAAAUCUGAAUCACCGGGUGUUAGAAGAAAAAGGGUAUCUCCAGUACCUUUUCAGAGUGGACGUAUAACACCACCUCGAAGAGCCCCAUCUCCAGAUGGCUUCUCUCCAUACAGCCCUGAGGAAACAAAUCGUCGUGUCAACAAAGUUAUGCGAGCCAGGCUGUACCUGCUGCAGCAGAUAGGACCCAACUCUUUCUUAAUCGGAGGAGACAGCCCUGAUAAUAAAUACAGAGUCUUUAUUGGGCCUCAGACUUGUAGCUGUGGUCGCGGAACAUUUUGUAUUCAUCUGUUGUUUGUUAUGCUGCGAGUGUUCCAGCUUGAACCCUCAGACCCAAUGCUAUGGAGAAAGACACUGAAGAACUUUGAGGUUGAGAGUUUGUUCCAGAAAUAUCACAGUAGGCGUAGCUCGAGGAUCAAAGCUCCAUCUCGUAACACCAUCCAGAAGUUUGUCUCACGCAUGUCAAAUUCUCAUACAUUGUCAUCAUCUAGUACUUCUACAUCUAGUUCAGAACACAGUAUGAAGGAUGAAGAAGAACAGAUGUGCCCCAUUUGUUUGUUAGGCAUGCUGGAUGAAGAAAGCCUGACUGUGUGUGAAGAUGGCUGCAGGAACAAAUUACAUCACCACUGCAUGUCAAUAUGGGCGGAAGAAUGUAGAAGGAACAGAGAGCCACUUAUAUGUCCUCUUUGUAGAUCUAAAUGGAGAUCUCAUGAUUUCUAUAGUCAUGAAUUGCCUAGCCCUGUGGAGUCAUCUGUUCUCCGUGUAGUUCAGCAACAAACUCAACAGCAGCCUACAGUUGGAUCUCAGAGGAGAACCCAAGACAGCAAUUUUAACCUUACUCAUUAUGGGGUCCAGCAGAUUCCUUCUGCUUAUAAAGAUUUAGCUGAGCCAUGGAUUCAGGUGUUUGGGAUGGAGUUAGUUGGCUGCUUGUUUUCUCGAAACUGGAAUAUACGAGAGAUGGCACUUAGACGUCUUUCCCAUGAUGUUAGUGGUGCUCUACUACUGGCUAAUGGUGAAAGCACUGGAAAUUCUGGAAGUAGCAAUGGAAACAACACAAGUGCUGGAGCUCUGGGAGCAGCUAGUGGGUCGUCUCAGACCAGUAUCUCAGGAGAUGUUGUGGUGGAAUCCUGCUGCAGUGUGCUGUCCAUGGUCUGUGCUGACCCUGUCUACAAAGUGUAUGUUGCUGCUUUAAAAACCUUAAGAGCCAUGCUGGUAUAUACUCCUUGUCAUACUUUGGCAGAAAGGACUAAACUACAGCGACUUCUCAAGCCAGUUGUAGAGACAAUAUUAGUUAAAUGUGCAGAUGCCAACAGUCGAACAAGUCAACUUUCAGUCUCAACGCUAUUGGAGAUGUGUAAAGGCCAAGCAGGCGAGCUGGCAGUUGGGAGAGAAAUACUUAAGUCUGGGUCCAUUGGUAUUGGUGGUGUUGAUUAUGUCUUAAAUUGUAUUCUUGGAACCCAGACUGAAUCUAGCAACUGGCAAGCACUACUGGGACGCCUUUGUCUUAUAGACAGACUUCUGUUGGAAUUUCCUGGUGAAUUUUAUCCUCACAUUGUCUGUGGAGAUGUUUUGCAGGCCGAUACUGUAGUAGACAGGUAUAAGAAACUUCUCUCCCUCUUAAAUUUCGCCUUGCAGUCAAUUGACAAUUCCCACUCAAUGGUUGGUAAGCUAUCACGGAGAGUAUUUUUGAGUGCCGCAAGAAUGGUGGCAAGAGUGCCUCAUGUUUUUGUAAAGCUUUUAGAAAUGUUGAGUGUGACAAGCUCAACUCAUUAUGCAAGGAUGCGUCGACGUUUGAUGGCAAUAGCAGAUGAAAUGGAAAUUGCAGAAGCUAUUCAGCUAGGCAUGGAAGAAAUGCAGUCUGGGGAUUGUCGACAUGAAGACUUUUUGCAGCUACCUGUACCAGAAAACUCUCCAGAAGCUACAGAAAAUAAUACGCCUAACAAUACUGUCCAGUUAUCAGGGAAAAGUGGGAAAGGUUUAAGUGACAAAAAAAUUAGUGCCAGUCCAGAGGACAUUUCUGAGACACUGGCUGGCCUUGCUGUGGGACUUCCUGUUUCAUCAGUAACCACUGAGCAACCAAAGCCAGCUGUUCAAACAAAAGGAAAACCCCACAGUCAGUGUUUGAACUCUCCUCCCUCAUCCAGUCAUUCCCAGUCACUAUUCCCAACACUUCUCUCUCCUUCAAACCCAUCUGUACCAGCUGGCACUGUAACAGAUGUCUCUAAACUCAGACCUCAGGGAUUCAUUCCCUGCAAAAUUCCCUCACCUUCUCCUCAAACACAGCGGAAACUCUCUCUCCAGUUUCAGAGAAACUGUUCUGAAAAUAAAGAAGCAGAGAAACUUUCUCCAGUUUUCACCCAAGCCAGGCCAUUGCCAUCCAGUCACAUACACAGGCCAAAGCCAUCACGACCCACUCCAUGUGAUAUGAACAAGCAGGGGGAAACUUCAAAAAAUGGUAUGACACUUGACCUGAACGAUAUUUCACAGUGUGACGGGAAUAGUAGUAAUAGCAGUGCAGUUAUUCCAAGUGAAGAGACGGUGUUCACACCGGUAGAUGAGAAGUGUCGGUUGGAUGUUAAUGCAGAGCUCAACUCCAGUAUUGAGGACCUACUCGAGGCUUCCAUGCCAACAAGUGAUGGCACAGUUACGUUCAAGUCCGAAGUUGCAGUUCUUUCUCCUGAGCGGGCAGAAAAUGAUGAUACUUACAAAGAUGAUGUAAAUCAUAAUCAAAAAUGCAAGGAAAAGAUGGAAGCUGAAGAAGAGGAAGCUUUAGCUAUUGCUAUGGCAAUGUCAGCGUCUCAAGAUGCCCUGCCAAUAAUUCCCCAGCUGCAAGUUGAAAAUGGUGAAGAUAUCAUAAUUAUUCAGCAGGAUACACCAGAAACCCUGCCUGGACAUACCAAAGCAAAACACCAUUAUAGAGAAGAUGCAGAAUGGCUUAAAGGUCAGCAAAUUGGUCUUGGAGCUUUCUCUUCCUGCUACCAAGCUCAAGAUGUAGGAACGGGGACAUUAAUGGCUGUAAAACAGGUGACAUAUGUCAGGAACACAUCAUCUGAGCAAGAAGAGGUAGUUGAAGCACUGAGGGAGGAGAUACGGAUGAUGAGUCAUCUGAACCAUCCUAAUAUUAUUCGCAUGUUGGGUGCUACGUGUGAGAAGAGCAACUAUAACCUCUUUAUUGAAUGGAUGGCAGGGGGAUCAGUUGCUCAUUUGUUAAGUAAAUAUGGAGCUUUCAAAGAAUCGGUUAUUAUUAAUUACACAGAACAACUGUUACGUGGCCUUUCUUACCUCCACGAGAAUCAGAUAAUCCACAGAGAUGUUAAAGGUGCCAAUUUGCUAAUUGACAGCACAGGUCAUAGAUUAAGAAUUGCUGAUUUUGGAGCUGCAGCCAGGUUGGCAUCAAAAGGAACUGGUGCUGGGGAGUUUCAGGGACAGUUGUUGGGAACUAUUGCAUUUAUGGCACCGGAGGUUCUGAGAGGUCAGCAGUAUGGUAGGAGCUGCGAUGUGUGGAGUGUUGGAUGUGUCGUUAUAGAAAUGGCUUGUGCUAAACCUCCCUGGAAUGCAGAGAAACACUCCAAUCACCUUGCUCUAAUAUUUAAGAUUGCUAGUGCAACUACUGCUCCAUCAAUCCCUUCACAUCUGUCUCCUGGUUUGAGGGAUGUGACUCUUCGGUGUUUAGAACUUCAACCUCAGGACAGACCCCCAUCAAGAGAGCUGCUGAAACACCCAGUCUUCCGUACUACAUGGUAGUUAAUUAUGCGUAAGGCUGAUAUACUGAAGAAGAUGCUACUGAAUAUGUAAUAACUGUCUUUCAGUGCAGUUAAGCACAGCAGCUUGUGUUAUUCUGAUGGCCUUAAUGACAGAUACAUCAAGGACUUAAGGCCAGUGGAGGACCCUACCUAAGUAUGUGAUUGACAAAUCGAGAUCUUUACCUAAGCUUAGUAUGCAACAUUUCACAACAUGUGCAGAGAUUUGUAAACUGUGCCUUUUCAAACAUCUGGCUCUGUGUCAACACAAAAGCAUUUUGCUUUAAGUCUGCAUGAUUAUUUAGCAGAUAAGUGAUUUUUACUUUAUUUAGAGCACUUUUUCAGCAAUAUUAAUGGCUGAGGGGCUCAGGAUCUAUUUUAAUAUAGCAAUCACUGUUCCAUCUUACAUCAAGUACAUGUAAGCAGAGGAUUCUGCAAUUACAGUCAGUUUUCAGCACUGGUUAAAAGGAAGUUAUGUAUCUGUCCCUUUUGAUUAUACAAAGUUCUCUGUGUAAGAAAUCCAAAUGUUGAUGGAUACUUUAAAAAAAAAAAUUAAAAAAUUGCCUUCCUUAAAGUAAGAGCAGGCAGUUGAGGUUCACUGUGCAUUUACUGCUGGCUGUGUAAUUUCUUUUGAAAUUAAAGUUUUGUGCUUUCAUUGUAUUUUUAACUUUCAGGGAAAGGUGAUCUUUUAAAAUAGUCUUUAGAAAAAGAUGCAAACUGUGUCACUGAAUAUCUUGCUGACACAAGUUUUAAAAACAGAUUUGCUGGAAAUAUGAAAUGAAAUAAAAUGCCACCUUCAAGUCAGUGUUUCAGGCUCUCAUAGUAUAGUUUACUAUAAAAAAAUGUUCUGCGUAAAACAAUUCAGAGUCUGAAUCAUGCAAAAUGUUGUUGAGCCUUCUUUUCAUAUAGCUUUUCGUACAAUCUAUUCUGGCAAAUUAAGUAGAGAAACUUCAAGUCAAAGGCCUCAAACCCAGUUCACAUUGAAGUUUAUGGGAGACUUUGUCCUGUACUUCUGUGGGAGCAGGUGCCAACUAUGAGUAAAUCUCAUUCUUUCUGUAGCAAAACUGAGGUCGCAUAUGUUACUGAUAAUAAGUUUUACCUGCUGUUUUCCUUCUGCCAUACAUCAUCUAUUUACUGUAGUUGUUAGUGAUAAGUUAAUUUCUAAAUGUUUUAAAAAAAAAAAUUACCAUAAGAAAGGUAUUUAUUUUAACAAGAAGCAAACUUGGACUUGAAAAGCAAGAUAAAAUGUGAAGUAAAGCUUCACCUAUAGUGCAAAACUUUUGUUUUUAGCAGGUGUGUUUUUAAAACAUGUUUUUAAAAUUAUUCUAAAGGCAGGUUUUUAGAUUCUGAUGCAUGUAAUUCUGAAGGAAAAUGGCAGCUUUUCUUUUGCUUUUUUUAAUGGGGAUAUUUUUAAAUCAUAUACUGAUUGUGUUUAAUCCAUUUGAUAAAAAUACUGUUUGUGUUUUAACUCUUCAGAAGCCAGUUGAAUUGUGGGACUGAAAUAGAAUUGGUUAUUUUCAAAGACUCAGGACAAACUAAAUAAGCUAUAGUAUGUUUAAAAAUGUACAACACAAAUUGGAAGUAAAACAUCUUAAAGAUAAGUUUACAGCAAUGAUAGUGCUCAUACUAAU